UAGAUAUUCAGGGGCCAGAGUUGCAAUUUAUCCUAUUAUUUACCACACCCUUCACUAUGGUCGGCGCCGGCGCCGGCGCCGACGAACCUCGGCUCCCGCGCCCGAAGAGGCGGAGGCGGAGGCGAAACCCUAACGCGGAGAGGAAUCCAGCGACGGCCAAGUAUUGGCGCGGACGAUACCGGCUCUUCUCGCGGUACGACGCGGGGAUAAGGAUGGACGAGGAGGGCUGGUUCUCCGUCACCCCCGAGCCCAUCGCCGCCGCCGCCCACGCCGCCCGCGCCCCGCCCCUCGCCGUCGUCGUCGACGCCUUCGCCGGCGUCGGCGGCAACGCCAUCCAGUUCGCCGCUAGGGGCUGUUAUGUGGUUGCUGUAGAAAUCGAUCCUCGGAAAGUCAAGUAUGCUCGCCAUAAUGCAAAGAUAUAUGGGGUGGAGGAUCGUAUCGAUUUCGUUAUUGGCGACUUCUUUCGGCUUGCCCCAUCCUUGAAAGGUGAUGUCGUGUUCCUUUCGCCGCCAUGGGGAGGUCCAUCCUAUAGAGAAAUUCAAAAUUUCACUCUUGAUAUGCUGAAGCCGAAAGAUGGGUUUUCGGUAUUCCAAGCUGCUCAGAAAAUAACACCAAAUGUCAUCAUGUUCUUGCCGCGCAAUGUGGAUAUAAACCAAGUGGAGGAACUUUCUUGGUUAUCGUCCCCUCCCUUAAGUUUUGAGAUCGAAGAAAACCAUGUACAGAAUCAUGUGAAAGGGAUUACUGCCUACUUUGGCGAUAUUGCAUCUCAAUCAUCUGGAUUAUCAAAUGAGUUCUCGUACAUCCUCAUGAGAUCACUUCAGAACUAAGAUAAGGGGAGUAGAAGACCUUACAGAAGGGACAAUUUGGAAUUGCAAGCUUUCACGAUAGUUUCACAAUUCCAUGCUACCGAGAAGUUACGAUCAUGUUUUGGUGGGAUACUGAAAGAUAAGCAUUUUUACUCUUAUCCCCACUCUGUCCUCUAAUCAAAUACUAUGUAUGGCAUAUAAUGUUAUUUGAUAAAGUGUUGUCUGUACGGUGUUAUCGUGAGAAGCACGAUAAUAGUAAACCACUAGCAGUUCUUUCCUGAGCUGAGUCGAAAGUAUUAAAUGGAACUUUUGCUUUUGAAGCUCAGAAUCUUAAUUUCUGCUUUCUGCUACAGCAGAAGCUCCAGCUCCACACUCUUUUAUUCACCAAAUGCUCAGCUCUAAAGAGGCCAGAUCGAUUACUCGACUUACUUCCACACUUGGUUCCGCUCGGAAGAGGCCGCUCGCACUUCUCAGCGACGUUGGCGAGUUUCUCCAUAUCGAUGAACCUCUCGACGAUCGGAGGGAGGUAUUGACAGAUACAGGGCAAGUCUGCCUUCUGAACUUCGCUGCAGCACUCCUCCGACGGAUCUUCCUCCUCUCCAUCCUCCUUUAGAUCUUCCUCCUCUCCAUCCUUCUUUACGUACUCCUUGCAUCGUCGGUACAGCUUGAUUAAGUCGCCGCAGCAUAUUAUCCUGGUCAGAGCUUUUACGUCGUUGUCGAGUUCAGCUGCGGCUUGGUGACUAGAAAGUAAGCAGGCCAUGACAAAUGUUGCCAAGGCCAGGAGCAAAAACUGAAUCUUGAUGUUCACCAUCUUCUCUUCUUAGGCCUUUCUAGUACUCUUCUUCCAAGUACUUACUACUGCUUUUGCAUUGUGAUGUGAAUGGGAAAUGAGCCUCAUUAUCUAUUUAUAGGGUGAUAUAUGUUGGUGAGUUAUGGGGAAUCAUCCAAGAAGUAAUUAUAGCUAAGAUUUGGGUUUAUUAAAUGAUGUGUGUUAAAGAAAAUGAGAAAUAAAUGCCAGUAGGAGAAAGAGACAAAGAAAUUGAUAUGAGGAGCUGUUUCUUAUUGGCCAAAAUGAGAUUUGGUGGCAUUGAAUACUAAGCGUGUGUAUUACGGCCUGACCGGCUAACAAUAAUUACUCAGUGGAUUCAAAUCAUCGACCUAAAAUGUUUAAGCCUAAUUAUUAUUAUUAAAGUGCAGUCUCGUA